CAGACAGCGGCAUCUGCUACGAACUUCCGCCUUCCAUCUUUCUUUUCUUGUCAAGUUCUCGAAGAAUAGACGUGUUGUUCGUUGAUUUAAAAUCCACAAAAUGGGUUUCCAAAAUAUCUGGUAUUCUCACCCACGCAAAUAUGGACAAGGCUCUAGGUCUUGCCGAGCUUGCUCAAACAGGCACGGAUUGAUCCGCAAAUAUGGGUUAAAUAUCUGUCGGCAAUGCUUCAGAGAAUACGCUGCUGAUAUUGGCUUCAAGAAGCUGGAUUAAAAUCUUGGAGUGUAUUUUUUGUAACACUUGACUAUUUAAUGUAAUUUUUAA